AUGGACCGCUACCGGCUGGAUAGGUACCCAUGCGCCCGCACGCCGAUGAGUACGCUGUACCUAUGCAUCGACCUGCAGACUGAUGAGCGGCUUGUCGUCAAGGUGGUUAGCAGGAGCACCCCCUCCGCGGAGCGCCGCGUGCGACGCAUGCUGCAUGGGACUCAAGUGGUUGCGCGGGCCUGCCGGCACCCGGGCCUUGUGGACGUGCGUGGUAUAUACGAAGUGGAUAGGAAGACGUACGUCGUGAUGGAGUACGUGGCGGGGGGCUCACUGCUGGACCACGUGAUGCGUCGGGGUCCGCUUCGUGAGCCCGCCGCGGUGGUUGUGAUGCGGCAGCUGCUUGAAGCUGUGGCACACCUUCACGGCUCUGGGGUGAUGCACCGCGACCUGAAGACGGAAAAUGUGCUCAUCAGCGCACCCACAGACCACAAGGGGCCACCGACAAGCGUGCGUAUUUGCGACUUUGGCUUUGCGGUGAGCAAAAUGCCCAACAACGAGUGUGUAGGAACUCCGCAGUACGCUGCCCCUGAGGUCGCCAUGAUUGGCCUCAGCCAGUGCAGGGCCGGGGCGGGCGCGGGUGAGUGCAGUUACGACGAGAAGUGCGAUAUUUGGUCACUCGGUGUCGUGGCGUACGCCAUUCUCAGCGGAAUGCUCCCGUUCGACGGUGGUACCCCAACGGAGGUGUUCACGAAGGUUUUGCACCAGCAGAUACCUUUUCCGCUCCAUGCCUGGCAGCAUGUGAGCGAGGGUGCCAAGGCAUUUGUUUUGUUUCUCAUGACGCCGGAUCCCAACAAACGCCCUUCUGCGCUGCGGUGUUUGCACCACCCGUGGCUCGUUUAA